CACUUACUUCUCCCUCCCCUAAACCAUUAAGAUGCUGCAGCCAUGAUGCCUGCGCAUGCGAAGUGCGAUGGAUCAUAACGUGGAGAUCCGCAAUCUAGCAUUGGAGUUAUCCGACCUGGAGGUCGCUCUGUUUCUAUGUCUUGCAGUCCAUGAGCAUUGUCGAGUCGAGACGGCCGACACCAAUGUCCAUGACGUUGCUAAAGAGCUCGCCCUGAUCUGCCCCAACACCUUUGGACUGACUCAGGUUAUCGUCGACUGUUCCUACGCGACCACGUUUGACACAUUCCUCUCAGAAAUAUCUACACCGCAGAGCGGGAAUGGUCGGACAAAACCGUCAAGGUCUCCUGGACAAACGUUCCAGAUCCCCAAUGUCAUCAUAGCGAAGAACUUCAACCACGUCGGAGAUGAGAUCCAGCGCUCAGUGCUCGAGCUGAUGCGCUCGAAGCGACUGUCCCUGCAGACUGGAAUCUGGGAAGCACCAACAGACUUCCUCUUUGUGCCGUUGAUAGCGCGCACGGGGGAACGAGACCAACCCUCAUUGAAUUCUCAUUUGAAUGACCACCUCUUCAUCUCCCACUACCAGGACCCCGAGGACGGCUACGUCUAUCUCGAGGAAGACACCGACUGGCUCUCGGAGGGACAAGUAUCUGCAUCCUCGGUGAUCCGCAAGUCCGAAGCCCAACCGGAAAAAGGUCAUCCACACAUAGAUCGUGAGCUAUUGGACAAACUCCAGCGAUCCAGCGAAGCUGUCACCGUAGGGGCAGACAUCACCCGCUACCAGCAAGACAUUGUUGUCUUUCUGCGGCUCAGCCGCGCAGUGGCCGGUGGCAUCUCCACGCGUUCGAACCUGCAUUUCAAGGCGUUCUCCAGGUUACUUGCCGUCUUGCAUGGCCUGGACUUCGUCACCCCCUCGCUUGUAGCGUUAGCGGCGAAAAAGGUCUUCCGUCAUCGUAUCGUUAUGGCCAGGCCCGCGGACGACCGAAGCUUGCAGUAUGGGAGUGACCUGGGGGCCGUGGCCAAGGUGCUGGAGUAUGCCAACCCUGAUACGAUUUUGGAAGGUGUACUUACGUUAGAGGCGCCAUUGUGAUUCUCCUGAGCGGUGUCCUCUCCCUAGGUGUUCGAUAAGAGUCAUGAAUGUCGCUAAGAUGUAGAAUGAAUGGUCUUCUGGUCGAUGUAAUCUCUAUGGCUGUCGCUUAUUCCUUGUUCUUCAAACUAG